CCUGUAGUUUCACAAUCAAACCACUACAGGAUGCUUUUAAAGAGCUUCUUCUUAACACUUUAAUUGCAGAUGUUGUUACUUGAAGGGGUGGAUGUCCAGACUGGAUGAUCAUGGCAAGUGGAGGAAACACUGGUUCGUUCUGGGUGAUACUUCUCUGAGGUACUACAGAGACUCGGAGGCUGAGGAGUCAGAUGAUCUGGACGGAGAGAUAGAUCUGACAUCUUGUGUGAAUGUGUCAGACUGUGACGUGGAGAAGAACUAUGGACUCCAAAUACAAACAAAGAGAGCAGUGUUCACUCUCUCUGCUAUGACCUCCAGAAUACGGCGGAACUGGGUGAAGUUACUAAAGCAGGCAAUCCAAAACAACACGCACCAAUCAGACACUGGCAGCGAGAAAGAGAACCCCCUCUCCCGGAGACCGUUGUCAUGCCAACCCCCCUCUCGGUUCACCUGCAAGGACUCAGGCUAUGAGCCUAACACUUCCACCACCACCGCCGCCACAGCUGCAGACUCCCAUCAGGCCAACCACCAGACUGUAGACGGGCAUCUGGACGCAGACUUAUCUCCAGCCAGUCAGAGAGAGGAAGGAGAGGGCUGGGACCGCGAGCAAGCGAAGCGAUUGGAGGAGAGGAACAAGUGGUUUGAGGAGGGGGUCCCCAUCAGCGAGAUGGGCAGCAGGUGGGACUCCAUGGAGCUGAAAAAGGGGAGUGUGCCUGUGCCUGUUAUUGAAACCCUGGACUCAGAGGUCAGCAGGAAGUGGGCAGAAUUCGAGACGCUGCCAUUCAGGGACAUGAGUGUGCAGUCUCUCAUUGGAGCCCAGGCUUAUCAGUCAAGCACCCCGCAGGCAUCACAGUCUCUAGUUAACUCCCAGACUUAUCAGUCGAGCCCUGAGGAGGCUGAACGUUCUGUCACUGAUUCACAAACUGAUUUAACGAGCUCAAAGGAGGCUCUUCCUUCUAUAAAUGGUGCCCAAACCAUUCAAACAAAUACAGCUGAGGCUCUUCAAAAGGAGGCCCACUCACUUCGAAAGCAAGUGGAGAGCAUUAAGAGAGAGCGUGCAGCCAUGGGGAUAGAGGUGGACAGCCCAUGUGGCCCCGGGGCCCCCUGUAGGGCCAGACUGGAAGCCAUGGAAGUAGCCCAUUGGAAAGCACUGCAGGAGAUGCAAGAGAAACACGCGAGGGAGAUCAGGGAGCUGGAGGAGCAGAGAGACAAGAUGCUGCAGGAGGAGAGCCAGGCAGCUGCUCAAGCUAUGGAGGCACUGAGAGCGGCUCACAGAGAGGAGCUGGAGAGGGAGGUGGAAAAGGCCAGGAGGUUGUCUGGAGGAGCCACACACGUGGAUACUUCAUACAGAGGUCACAUGCCCCAGGCGGACGUCUUGCACAGUGAGUUAGAUGUGCUGUCAGAACGCUACUCUCAGAAGUGCCUGGAGCUGAGCCGCACUGAGCAGAGCAGCAAGAGCCGAGAGUCUGAGCUCGGCCGCAAGGAGAGAGAGCUGGAGCAGCUCCGAAGAGAGAACCAGGAGCUUAAGGCCAAACUGGCAGAGGAGAUCAACCGCAUGCGUUAUUUCAUCACAGGUCAGAGGUCAGACAUGGUGUCUCCUGGCAGCACUGAACGCACUGCGUCAGAGUUAGAGAUGCUGCUGAGAGCAAAAGAAAAUGAGGUGCAGUAUCUUAAAAAAGAAAUCAGCUGUCUUCAGAAUGAAGUGCAGUCUCUUAACAAGGAGAAAGAAGCAGCUUAUGAGCGUUAUAAGGAGGCCUAUGUGGAGCUGAGUAACAUGAAGGGUCGUAGCCAGCUGGAGAUGGGCUCCCUCAAUGAACACUUGAGACUGGCUAACGCUGCACUUCAGGAGGGAGCAAGACAAACCUGACCAAUGAGGACAAUCGAUUUAAAUUUAACUUGAAAAGCAAAGACAGAAAACCAACAUAACAAAUAUAACAACAACCUCAUUACAUUACAAUAAUAAUAUGUGCUGUUGACUGGUAAUGACUUCAAAUUAUUGUGUACUUAUAAACCACCAUACCAAGACUGCUGAGAUUAAAUAACAACCAGUGUUUUUCACAUGUAA